AUGGAUAAAGAGAAAUCUCAGGCACCUCCUGGUGGUGGUGGUCUCCCACCUCCAUCACCCUCUGGUCGGUCCUCAGCAUUCUCAGACUCCGGUCCCAUCGGUCAUGGAUCGGAUGCUAACCGGUUGAGCCACGAUAUGAGCCGUAUGCUCGAUAACCCACCGAGGAAGAUUGGUCACCGUCGAGCUCAUUCCGAGAUCCUCACUCUCCCUGAUGAUUUGAGUUUUGAUAGUGAUCUUGGUGUGGUUGGUACUAAUGCUGAUGGAGCUUCUUUCUCUGAUGACACUGAAGAGGACUUGCUCUCUAUGUAUCUCGAUAUGGAUAAGUUUAAUUCCUCUGCUACUUCUUCUGCUCAAGUUGGUGGUGAGCCGUCUUGGAAAAACGAGUCGGUGAUGCGUACGGGCUCAGCUUCUAACCCUCAGAAUAUGCUUAAUAGCUUUGGGGAAAGACCAAGAGUCAGGCACCAACACAGUCUGUCUAUGGACGGUUCGAUGAACAUCAACGAGAUGCUUAUGUCCGGAAAUGAAGAUGAUUCUGCUGUUGAUGCUAAGAAGUCCAUGUCUGCUACUAAACUUGCUGAGCUUGCUCUCAUCGAUCCAAAACGUGCUAAGAGGAUAUGGGCAAACAGGCAAUCCGCGGCAAGGUCGAAAGAAAGGAAGACGAGGUACAUAUUUGAGCUUGAGAGAAAAGUACAGACUUUGCAAACAGAAGCUACAACUCUCUCAGCACAAUUGACUCUCUUACAGAGAGACACAAAUGGCUUGACUGUUGAGAACAAUGAGCUGAAACUGCGGUUACAAACAAUGGAGCAGCAAGUUCACUUGCAGGAUGAACUAAACGAAGCGCUUAAGGAGGAAAUCCAGCAUCUGAAGGUGUUGACUGGGCAAGCUGCUCCAAACGGUGCAUCAGCGAUGAACUAUGGGUCGGUUUCGCUAACGGGUGCCUUGGCCUACAGGGUAUUGGCGUUGUAUGCGAAGCACAAGCCUUUUGGAUAG